AAUGGUUUCAGAGGCUCAAAAUACAUUCAAUGUAAUGAUUCAAAGAGGUGUAGAGCCUGGUGUGAUCACAUACACAUCCUUAAUUGAUGGUCUUUGCAUUUCAGACCAAUUCAAGGAAGCUUUGGCCUUGUUGAAAGAAAUGGUAGGGAGGAACAUAUCCCCUGAUGUUUUUACCUUCAAUAUAUUGAUCGACACUCUUUGUAAGAAAGGACUGGUUUCAAAUGCACAAGAUAUAAUCAAAAUAAUGAUUCAAAGAGGUGUGGAACCUACCUUUGUCACUUAUAAUUCAUUGAUGGAUGGAUAUUGUCUAGGCAACCAAAUUGAUAAGGCUAGAAAGCUAUUUGAUCUGAUGGUGACCAAUGAAAUAGCUAACAUUUUUAGUUACAACAUUUUGAUCAAUGGAUAUUGUAAGUGCUAAAUGAUAGAUGAUGCAAAGGAAUUUUUUGAUGAAAUGUCUCAUAAAGGUUUAGUUCCUAGUGGUGUUACUUAUUCUACUCUUAUAAAGGGUAUGUUUCAAGCAGAGAGGCCCCAAACUGCACUAGAGCUCUUUAAGAAUAUGUCCUCUCAUGGUCAGCAGCCAGAUAUAGUAACAUUCUCAAUUAUGAUUGAUGGCUUGUGUAGACAGGGGAAUCUGGAUGAAGCACUCACCCUAUUGAAAGAAAUGGAGGAAAGUCAGUUGAAGCCUGAUCUUGUGACUUAUUGCAUUCUGAUCAAUGGUAUGUGCAAAGCUGGCAAGAUUAAUGAUGCCAAGGAACUAUUUUCUAGUCUUUUUGAAAAUGGUUCACAACCUAAUGUUCAUAUAUAUAGUGCAAUUAUGAAAGGACUCUGCCAAAAAGGAUUAAUAGAUGAAGCAUAUAAGAUUUUUAGAGACAUGGAAAGGGGAGGAUGUUUACCGAAUAAUUGUUGUUAUAAUAUCAUCAUUCAAGGGUUUCUUAGGCAUGAAAAUUUACCAAAAGCAUCAGAACUUAUCAACGAAAUGGUUGAUAAGGGAUUCUCUGCUGAUGCUACCACCACCGAAUUGGUUGUACAUUUAUCGCGCAAUGAUGAUCUCAUUCUAAGAAAACUACGAGAUAGUUUCGAGGCUACUAAAUGCAUAAAUGUUAAGUGAUUUUAACAAUCAACACUUGAUCAGCAGAUGCAAGAGGUCUUCAUUGUAAUGUGAGUUAUUGGUACUUCAAUCUAUUUCCUAUAGUGUUGUUAGUUGCUUUUGCUUUUUACAAGAAACUGUUUAGGGUUAGCACUAAACUCAAGUUUUCAGGUUGUAUAAGCAGAUUAGCUUUGCUGAAUCUGUUCCAAUACUGCAUUGGUCUGCAAUAAGUUGAAAAAAAAAAGAAUCUUAAGACUCCAGUUUUAUGUAUACAAUGAGAGAAAUUGCGCCUGCCCUCUUCUUACGUAUUCCUUUUUUUCCUCUCAUUUUGAAAUUCAUCAUUCUGGUAUAACAAUCUGCACUUAUACCCAGUUUUUCUAAGUGUCAGAUGAUUUAUUGUCAUGUAUGGAAAAUAUCAAAAGGUGAAGAGCAGCAAUUACUUUUCU